AUGAUCGUCUACGCUAUGAUUUGUCGAGCGAUCGACGCAGCAGUGCUAGUGGAGUUCGCUGAAGAACUCCAAGGCAACGCACCACAAGUAACGUCUUCGUUGAUGGAAAGCUUGCGAGACCACCCUGAACUUGUCAAUGAAGGCGAUCGCAAAACUUAUGUGCAACGAAACGAAUCACAAAGUGAUAUCAUUUCACAUUUUUUGGAAUCCUGCGCCGUCGCUCUAGGAGAUCAAGGAAAUAGCGUAGAGGAGUUUUAUUUUCACUUGUUCAAAAUGAAUGGUAUCUUUUACUGCUGCAUCGGAGACGAUCCUGAUACUCGAGAUCAGAAGGUCAACUUUGCGUUUCUAGAACACAUUUGCAAUGAAUUUGUCACGACAUUUCGAUCGAGUCGUAUUGAAAGUGCGAACGCUUACUCCUUAGACAAACAGUUUAAACCGACACUGCGCUCCUCCAUGCAUCAUUACAAUACUAAUCACAAAUCGAUUGGCCAAGAGGACAAGGUUCGCUGUGUUUUGGCUCAAGUUGAGGAUAUGAAGGCUGUCAUGGGCCGGAAUAUUAAUUUACUUUUGAGUCGAGGAGAAGAUUUAAAUGCAAUGAGCCAGAAGUCGGACACUAUGCAGGAGGAUGCUAUGGUAUUCAAGAAAAACACCACCACAGCAGCAUGGAAGUUGCAACGACAAGUUUACCUUUAUGGACUCCUCGCCGCAUUGGGUAUUGUGCUAUUGAUUUAUAUGAUAUCGAUUAGUGUUUGCGGGGCACGUCUCAAAUACUGUCGUUCCAGCCGGGCAAGUAGGAACAACAGCACUAAUACGGGAGGAAAUUGA